UGGGAGGUGAUUUAAAGUGCGCUGCUACAUUCCCAGGUGGUUUAGUUUUCGGGAAGACAACGACGCGGCAACAUGAUAAGAGCUCCGUUGAAUUGCAUGUCGUAGUUCCCGUGGACCUUGUGUGUGGAUGAGUUUGUGAAAAUCAUUCUGAAUUUUUAUUGUUGGUUUUAUUUAUUUUGGAUUUGGUAAAAAAAAAUGCGGUAAACAGGAAAAUUUUGUACUUUUUGGUGGAAUUGCAACAACAAAAAAGUGAAGGAUAAUUAUCGAGUUUUGUUGAAGAGAAGAUAAACAAAAUUAGUGUCUUUUGUUAUUUAAUUCUUGUGGUUUUUUUUGUAAGAAAAUAUAUACAUUUACCUUUGGAGAAGUGAAGAGUUUUUGUGCAAAUUUGUGGAAGUCCCAGUGAAGCAUCAAGAAGCUGAAAAAGUUCUAACACCAAAAAGAAGAAAUUCAUCUUCGGAGAUCGACUAAAGCAAAGAGAAGAACAAGAAAAAAUAAUAAAUUAAUAUAAAAAAAAACUUCCCAGUGCAUUGUGCCGAUGAUGAUGAUUGUGGGCAGAAUGUGGCGAGCAUUCGCAAUUCCAUGGAUACUAUUUCACUUUAUUCAAGUGGCCACAGCAGAUUGCGAUUAUUCGAAAUGCGUUGAUCUGCAUGUGGACUACUACCAUCAGCCAAUUGUCAAUGCUGAGCUCGUGCAGUGCUGUGCCAAUCUCAAGGAUCUCUGCGACAAGACACGGUGCCCGCUGAAGCCGGUGGCGUGUAAGGAAGAGUUCCAUGAGGUGGUCAUGAAGAAGGGCGUCUGCUGCGAUGAGUACAAGUGUGCCCCACCAAAGGACAAAUGCAUCGUCCGGAUCAACGGAAGGGCAGCGCUGAAGAAUCUCGGCGAUACGUGGGAUUCCGACGAUCCGUGCACGAAGCACAUUUGCGACUACGGCAUGGAUGGGAAGGCUCAAGAGAAGACAUUUAAGGAAUACUGCUACCACACGUGCAACAAUGAAUAUGAAUUGAAGAUCAUAAAAGGACAAUGUUGUGGUCAAUGUGUGCAGACUAAAUGCAAAUUCAACGAUACCCUCUACAGUGUGGGUGAAACGUGGAAAAGUGAUGAUCACUGUGCGCUCUACGAAUGUACCAAAAAAGACGACACCGUUGCAGUAGCUUCCUACACAAAGCAAUGCCCUAAACUUCCGGCUUGCAAGAAGAAGGAUAUCUACGUCAAGGAUUGCUGCCAGUACUGCAAUCCCAGACACGGUAUGGGACACACAACGAAUAAACAUGCAGAUCCUGAGGAUGAGGACUACAAUCCCUACGAUAAGCACCCGUGCAAGAGACCCUGUGUUGAGGGAGCACAACCCAUGGUUUGCAGAUACAAAUUCAUUAUCGAAUGGUAUGAGACUCUGAGUAAAGCAUGCUACAACUGCCCCUUCAAUGCAACCGAUUGCUUCCGGCCACACUGCAUCACAGGCGAUGGAUCCCGAAGGAGUGUCCUUGUGGUGAAUCGCAAAAUGCCCGGACCUGCAAUUGAUGUCUGCCAGGGAGAUACAAUUGUUGUUGACGUGCAAAAUAAUCUCCUCGGUGAGACAACAACAAUCCACUGGCAUGGGCUCCAUCAACGGCGAACUCCCUACAUGGAUGGUGUACCACUGAUCUCUCAAUGCCCAAUCUCACAGGAACAGACAUUCAGGUACACAUUCUACGCUGAUAAUGCUGGAACGCACUUCUGGCACUCCCACACUGGUGUUCGCGGCGAUGGAGCUCUUGGACCGUUGAUUGUUCGGUGCCCCCCUUCGGAGGAUGUUCACUACAAACUCUAUGACUACGAUAAGAUUGAGCAUCUGAUGAUUCUGCAGGAUUGGACUUCCUUGACGGGAAUUUCCAUGUUCAAUGCUCAUCAUCAUUCCAAUGGUGACAAUAAACCAAAGAAUAUCUUGAUUAAUGGUCGUGGAAGGUUCCUCAAUUCACCUGUGAUACCCGUCAUGGAGGAUGAUAGUGAAAUGGAUUUGGCUGCAUCGUCAUCCAUUAUUGAACCCACAUCAAUUCCAAUGACAACGACAGAUGCUACAGCUGAAGCAACAACAUUUACUAGUGAAACCACGCCUGGUGCUACAACAACAAGCCUACCCGAAGGUACAACUACAACGAGCACAUCAGGAGCUAUAUCAACAAGCACAACAGGGGCUACAUCAACAGGUACAACAGAUACAACAACCGAAUUUGCAGCAGAUUUCACAUCAACAACAACCACAACUGAGAGCUCAUUCGUUGAUGAAGCAACAGAGGCAUCAAGAACUUACGAUCCAAAUACUGACUUUGGCUUCAUUCACGACAACAGAGAUCCCACGCUGAAGACGCUCUUCCAGCAUCAACAGCGCUACACGAAUGUACGAAAUAAGCGUGAGACACCAGCUGAAGCCUACCACAACUACCUCAAUGAAUCCCAGUACAUCCCCCUUCACGUAUAUCAUGUUACCAAAGACAAGAAGUUCCGUUUCCGCCUCAUCAAUGCGGAAUUCCUCAACUGCCCCAUGGAGAUGUCAAUUGACAAUCACACAAUGCUGGUCAUUGCAUCCGAUGGGUCUGAAAUUGAACCAAUUGAGAUUGAUAGCCUUGUGAGCUAUGCCGGAGAGAGAUUUGACUUUGUUGUGCAUGCCAAUCAGAAACCCGGAAACUACUGGAUUCGCGUUAAGGGUCUCAUGGAUUGCGAUCAGAGAUUCACAUCAGCACAUCAAGUGGCAAUUUUGCGAUAUGCUGGUGCCCCUGAGGAGGAACCCAAAGAUUGCCCAACUUAUGACUACGUACGCCCUGGAAGGCAACUGAAUGCCCUCAAUCGUGGCAUGGAGGAUCGUACGACAAUCUCCAUUGCGGAAACAACAUCAGCAUAUCGUGAUCCCGACAAUGGGGUACUGCAGAAGGAGGCUGACUUCAAGUUUUACAUUUACUACGAUUUCUACGCGAAGAACAACACAAACUUCCACAUUCCCGGCUUGUAUGGCUUCCAGGAGGUUCUCAAUGACAACCAGAGACGCUAUACACCACAACUUAAUCACAUCUCCAUGCAACUGCCUACGUUCCCAUUGAUGCCAGCGCGACAUAUGAUUGACGAUAGCCAAUUCUGCAAUUCCAGCACACUCGCCAAUCGCGGGAUUAACUGCAAGACGGAAUUCUGUGAGUGUUCGCACGUGCUUCAGGUGCCCCUAAAUGCCAUUGUGGAACUCGUACUCAUUGAUGAAGGCUUCACAUAUGAUGCAAAUCAUCCCUUUCACCUGCACGGAAGUGGUUUCCAUGUGAUUGGCAUGGAAAGGUUAGCUGGCAACAUAUCAGCUGAGAUUGUGCAAGAACUGGAUAGAUCGGGAAAACUCUAUCGACGCCUCAAAGGAGCCCCAAUUAAGGACACCGUAACAAUUCCCGAUGGUGGCUACACAAUUGUCCGCUUCAGAGCUGACAAUCCCGGCUAUUGGCUCUUCCAUUGUCACAUUGAAUUCCACGCAGAGAUCGGCAUGUCGCUCGUCUUCAAAGUUGGUGAACACGAUGAGAUGCUUCCUGUUCCGGAGAACUUCCCAACGUGCUCAGACUACAUGCCAGACGUUGAAGCGCAAUCAGACUCCUCAGCUCAUCGGACUACAGUCAAUAGUUUCCUCUUCCUCCUCAUCGCAAUGCUUCUUCGGAGAUACUUUCCAUGAAAAUUUCUUAUCAUCAAAUUGUGAAGACUUAAAAGGCAAAUUGUCCCAGACAUUCUAUCCCCGCCCCCUUGCCGCAAUAAUGAAUGCUGCUGCUCCUCCGGCAAAGGAGCCAAUGAUUCGUGUAUUCUUUCCUAAAACUCUGUUGAUUGUGAUAUUUAUAAUACUUCCAUUUUUGUUUCUUUUAUAGAAAUACUAUUUUUUUAUAUAAAAAAAAUGUUAAAUGUGUGUGAUAGAAUGUAAUUUAAUGUAAUAAAAAAAUAUAUAUAAAGAAAA